AUGAGCGAAUAUCAAUUAUUAACUUCGGAAAUUAUGGUACCAAAAGAAUGGCCAAUAAAGACUGCAAAAAACUUGAUUACUAACAUAGCGAAACAAGCGAUUAGUAAUCAUCAAAAAGGUGUGAAAAUCAGCCUCACCGUUUCAGACGUGACGGGUUUGGUUAUCGAUAAUGAGAACGGACCAGGAUAUAUUUUUAAAAAGAUAGAAGAAAUACAUGAAGACACUGGCCGAAUUGAUUUGCUUAUACCGGUAAGAACUGAUAUAAUAAUGCCUGAACCUAACCUCUUGGCUCCCACAGGAUCGCAUCGGUCAGAAAUUGUCUCGAUAGACGUGAGGUAUGAUCACCCAAUUUCGCGAAUGCUUGUGCCAAAGUCUGACCGCCACGUAGUAUUAAUUGCUGCACCAAUCAUCGAGGAGGUUUUGGAGAAAAAAGGCGUCAGAGGCUACGAAAUGUACGACUAUACUCUUCGAUCAACAUACACAAUCAACAAUAAAUCGUAUAACGACGUAUUAAAACAAAAAUUGUCGAGCUCAUCUCAGUCCGGACAUCCUUCCAUAUCUAUCGAGCGAAUUGGUACAGACAAAUGGAUUAUCGUGUACAACGAUCGCUUGUCACAACACUAG